AUGCUCACCGGCUACCUACCUGCGUCCAUGAUCGCCCUCACCAAGCUCGAAUUCCUUGAGUACACGCCGCAGGUCCCUCCAGGGCUGGUGACGUGUCCACCAAGUGAGAAGGUGCAGUGUGGAGCGAUGGAAGCCACGGGCAACAGCAUCAUCGUGCCGUACUGCACCAAGUGCUCCGACUUCUGCAUCUUCUGCUUCGUGCAGAGUGAGUCCCUUCUGAAGCACAGCUCGUUUGUGUGCAAUGUCUGCUUCCCUUUCUUUCAUCAAACCCCACCUCUCAUCCCUCCCCAACCCUCUCUCCCCUCCCAACACCUUCCUCCCCUUGGCUGGAAUGCAGAUGUGGUCAAGUACCCCCCACCAGCACCAUCACCCUCUCCACCCCCUCCUUCCCCUCCUACCUCACCUCCCUUCGUUCCAUCGCCCCCUCCUCUGCCUCCACCUUCCUCCUCGGGGCUAUCAGUGGGGGCCAUUGCGGGGAUUGUCGUGGCGGGUGUUUCCGUGCUCGCGCUGCUGCUGCUGCUGCCGCUGCUCUUCUUCCGCAGGCGGAAGGCAGGAAAGCCGUUCUCGCAGAUUGACAAUGAUGCCGCUGCUGCAGCUGCUACUGCCUCCGCUGCAGCCGCUGGUGGUGCUGGUUGCUCAGGCAGCGCGAGUGGCUCCAAGGGUCCCUCGGGGCCAGCACAAGCAGCAGCGGGGCCGGCGGUGUGUCGGCAGUACCGGCUGGACGUGCUGGCAGCGGCAACGGGCAUGUGGGAGGAAGCCAACAAGAUCGGCAGCGGGGGGUUCGGAGACGUGUACCGUGCUGAGGACCCUGCUGACCCCUCCACGCUCUGGGCUGUGAAGCGCGCCAAAGUGCUCACCAAUGACUUUCGACGGGAGGUGGGCAGGCUGGGGUUUGGGUGGAAGGGUGCCGAGGUGGGAGGGGGAGAGUGGGGUUGA